UGAUCCAUUGCAUUUGUGCACCAAAACACAAUUGUCAUGGAUUUAAUUGUUUCUCUUGUAACUUUGAUAGCUAGCAUAUUUUGCAUUAUGCUGUUUAGCAGGAUAAACAAAGGACCUAGAAAAACAGCACCUGAAGUUGGAGGAUCAUGGCCGAUUAUUGGUCACUUGCAUCUUUUAACCGGUUCUAAAGUUCCUCCUCACAAAUUGUUCGGCUCUAUGGCUGACAAGUUUGGACCAAUUUUCACUAUCAAAUUUGGCGUUCAUCGAACUCUGGUUGUUAGUAACUCAGAGGUGGCUAAAGAAUGUUUAACCACCAACGACAGAGUAUUUUCUAGCCGCUCAAAAGCCAUGGCAACAGAGGUGAUGGGCCACAACUCUGCUAUGUUCGCCUUUGCACCAAGUGGACCAUACUGGCGUGAGAUUCGCAAGUUGAUUGUACUUGAAAUGGGGUCUCCUCGUCGUCUCAGGAUGCUAGAACAGAUCCGAGUCUCUGAAUUGAAGUCAUCCAUAAGAGAUAUGUAUGCAAAAUGGAAAGAGAACAAAGGGCCAGUUAACACGGUAAUGAUUGAAAUGAAAGAAUGGUUUGGAGAUCUAACCGAGAAUAUGAUUAUGAAGAUGAUGUUUGGGAACCAAAUUUCUCGUGGAGAACAGAUUAAGGAAGAUCAGUUCAGGAAAUGUGUUCAUCGGUUAACGGAACUAAUGGUUGCUAAUGUGCCAUCUGAUGUCAUUCCUGGCUUGAGAUGGUUAGAUAUCGGAGGUUAUGAGAAGAAGAUGAAGGAGACGGCGAAAGAAAUGGAUGAUAUAUUCCACUCAUGGUUAGAAGAUCACAAAAAUAAGAUGAGUUCUACACAAAAUGCAAAAGAAGAUGAGGGCAAAGACCAAGUUUUAUUAGCGGCAUUGUUAUCGCGUGUUAAUGAGCUAAAAGAGGACUUUUAUGGCUAUAGCCAUGACACUAUUGUAAAAGCCUCAUGCCAGUCAAUUAUAAUAGGGGCAAGUGACACGACGACGAUAACCUUAACGUGGGCUUUAUCAUUGUUAGUCAAUAACCCUGAGGUGUUGAAGAAAGCCCAAGAAGAGCUUGAAAUCCAUGUGGGAAGAGAUAGAAUUGUAGAAGAGUCGGAUUUGAAGAGCUUAGUCUAUCUUCAAGCCAUUAUCAAAGAAACUAUGCGGCUUUAUCCUGCAGGACCACUUUUGCUUCCUCAUGAGUCCACAGAAGACUGCAUCGUUAGUGGUUACUACGUUCCUAAAGGAACACGUCUUUUAAUUAACGCUUGGAAGAUACAACAUGAUCCUGACGUAUGGAGCGAUCCUUUUGAAUUCCAACCCGAGAGAUUCUUGACAACCAAAAAGGAUAUCGAUGUGAAGGGCCAACACUAUGAGCUGAUUCCUUUUGGCAGUGGUCGAAGAAGCUGCAUAGGAAUCUCCUUUGCUCUUCAAGCCAUCAGCUUGAUACUAGCUAGCAUAAUACACGGAUUUGAGUUUCAAAAGCCAUCAGAUGAGAAAAUUGACAUGACCGAAAGUAAUGCAUUAACAAAUCUCAAAGUCACUCCACUUGAACUUCUUGUUGCUCCGCGUCUAUCACCAGAGUUAUAUCAAGGUUCAACAUAGGCCGUUGUCACCUACAACAACUUAUGCCCGAUGUAUAUAUAUUAUAUAUUUCAGAGCUUGCUUUCUUUUGUAUGAAUAAUGUUGCCGUCCCCUGUUUUGCACCACUACUCUAUGAUGAUAAUAGAUGUUAUUUUUAAUAUAAGAAACUAUAAGGUGUGAGCAGUGGAUGAGCUAUGUGGUGGCCACGGGUGGCCAUGUCGACCCAACAAUUUUUAUAAAACUCUAUAUUUUUAGUACUA